AUGCUGAGCAAAGAUUUAAUGGCGGAAAUUGACGAAAUUUUAAAGGAUGACGAUUUGGAUUCUUCAGAAAAAGAUGUUACAUUUGUUAGCAGUUCACACUGUCAAACCUUGAAAAACAAAUGCUCUGUUGUCCAUUUGGGCGGAACUCAGUCAGAAGUUGGCAUCACAACAAAUAGUGUCACACGUGCAUGCGAUCGUUUGAAGUGUGUCGCAUGUGACAAUCCUGUAUUACUCUUCAAUAAUUUCUCUUGGACCAGAAGCCCUGAUUACCUAUUCCUACGAACGAAUUAUCCAAAUUACAAUUUACUUAAAUGUAAACUUAGAAAAAGCACUGGCACCCGCGCAUACUGCUGUCAAUGUAAUGCAAUAGACACUGGGAAACUAGUGGCCCUGGCGAAAUACACAAACUUGCAGUGGAUCUGUACAAGACAUCCUGAGUGA